CGGUAGCGAACGCGCGCCGCGCGCGGCCUGUCGUCAACUCGUAACCGACUACUAAAAGUUAGAUUUGACUUUUUAAUUAAUUAUUAUGAACUAAUAAUAUCAAAUACAAGAUAAACAGUGUAGUUAUGAUAUUAUCCUUUUUAAUAAAUGGAUGAAGAAAAAAUAUUUUAGACCAUGGACAAUGGCUCCAGCGGGGAGGAGAAACUAGUGAAACGGGUGGUAAAGCUGAACCAGCUGGCGCCGACGGAGACGGUGCGACCGGACAGGGUGGGGCAGAAGGCUGAGGAGACCCUGGACCGGGAGCAGGCGCUGUUCGACCGCGUCACGUAUGAGACCGAGCGCGCCCGCGGCAGCCACAGCGAGAACUCCACCCACCGGGACAAGGAUGGCCGCAGGGUAGAGAACUUCAGAGAGGACGGCACGAGCUCAGAGCCGCCGACGGCGUACGUGUCGAGCUACAACGCGUGGGGCGACCUGGCCAGCUCCACCUCCACCACCCGGACCGAGCUCAGCCUCUCCGAUGGUGGCGACGAGUUCCCGUCCAACCCGCCGCACGGUCGUCGGCGCUCGCACGAGUCAGCGCUCCCGGGCACGCCGUACCACCCCGCGUGGCGCUCCGCCGACAGCCUCGCCCCCGACUCCGCCUUCGGCACCUCGCUCGCCGACAUCAUGGAGAGCCCCGCCAACAAGGUGUGUCUCCGCGACGACCUGUCGCGUGGCAGCUCGGAGGAGCGGCGGUCGCGCACGGCGUGGCGGCUGGUGCGCAACGCCGCCGCCGCCGCCGCCGCCGUCGGCGCCUUCAGCUCUAAGGUCGACGCCGCCACCACGCCGCUGCCCGCCACGCCGCUGCCGCCGCAGGACAUAACUGAAGGUAGAGCGCCAGACUACGAACCUAAAACAGAGAAGAAGCAGCCGGACCGUCCGAAUGAAAAAGAGGAGAACAUUGGUGAAACCAGCCCUGAGGGUCUGGACCCGGAGUCGCUGAUGUUCCGCGACGGGCGGCGGCGCAUCGACAUGGUGCUGGUGUACGAGCAGGAGGAGUUCGGCGUCAUGACCGAGGCCGAGGCGCGCCGCCGCGACUACAGGAAGACCUUCCAGGAGAACCUUAUAAAAGAGGGCUUGGAGCUGGAGCUGGAAAACAAGGUGCUGUCGUUCGACGGCAAGUCGUGGUUCCUGAAGAUCCACCUGCCGUGGAAGACGGAGAUGCGCCUGGCGGAGGUGCUCGGCCUCAAGCUGCCCACCAAGCGGUUCAUCACCAUCUCCGUCAGGGCCUGGGGGGAGGAGGCGGCGGGCGAGGCGGACAAGCGGUGGUGGUGGCGCUGGCGGCGGCGCUGGCAGCAGCUGUACGAGUACGAGCACAGCCGCAUCGAGCCCGAGCCCUCCUUUUACACCGCCACCGACAAGCCCGGCGUGCGACGCGAGGAGCAGUUCCUGGUGAAAGACCGGCACACUCAGUUCUCCCCCGCGCAGCGCAGCCUCAUGGUGAUGCAGAUUCUGUUGCGGGCAAAGUACGACAACAACGAUACCAAGCUGGGCAUCCGACGUCUGCUGAACGACGGGACGUACCUGGCGUGCUUCCCGCUGCACGAGGGCCGCUACGACGCCGACGGCCCCGACCGCACGCAGACCGACAGACGGCUGCUGUACCUGGAGUGGGCGCGGCCGUGCAAGUGGUACAAGAAGCAGCCGCUGUGGCUGGUGCGGCGCUACUUCGGCGAGAAGAUCGCGCUGUACUUCUGCUGGCUCGGCUUCUACACCAAGAUGCUGUACGCGCCCGCCGUCGUCGGCACGCUCUGCUUCCUCUACGGCCUGGCCAGCAUGAACUCCGACGACAACAUCCCCAGUAAAGAGAUCUGCGACGCGUCGGGUCCGGGCAACACGACGCUGUGCCCGCUGUGCGACAAGGCCUGCCAGUACCAGCAGCUCUCCGACUCCUGUCUCUUCGCCAAGCUCACCUACCUCUUCGACAACCCCGCCACCGUCUUCUUCGCGAUAUUCAUGUCCUUUUGGGCGACAACAUUCCUAGAGUUGUGGAAAAGAAAGCAGUCCGUCCUCAGAUGGGAAUGGGAUUUGGCCAGCGUCGAACAGGACGAGGACCCGCGGCCGGAGUUCGAGGCGUCUGUGCGCACGUUCCGCACGAACCCGGUGACGCGCGAGAAGGAGCCCUACCUGCCGCCCUGGCAGAAGACCGUGCGAUACGUCGCCACCAGCUCCGCCGUGCUCUUCAUGAUCGCAAUAGUGAUGGGUGCGGUGCUGGGCACGAUCAUCUACCGCAUCAGCAUGGUGUCCGUCAUCUACGGCGGCUCCGGCUUCUUCCUCAAGCGCCACGCCAAGAUCUUCACCUCCAUGACCGCCGCCUCGCUCAAUCUCACCAUGAUCAUGAUGCUCACAAGGAUCUACAGCAAAGUGGCCGUGUACCUGACGAACGUGGAGAACCCGCGCACGCAGACGGAGUACGAGGACUCCUACACCUUCAAGAUCUUCUUCUUCGAGUUCAUCAACUUCUACUCCUCGCUAAUAUACAUCGCGUUCUUCAAGGGUCGGUUCUACGACUACCCGGGCGACGACCAGGCGCGGCGGUCGGAGUUCUUUAAGCUGAAGGGCGACAUCUGCGACCCGGCCGGCUGCCUGUCCGAGCUGUGCAUCCAGCUCGCUAUCAUCAUGAUCGGCAAGCAGUGCUUCAACAACUUCGUCGAGCUCGGCUACCCGAAGUUGAACAACUGGUGGCGGCAGCGGUCGCACCGCGCGGUGACGCGGGACCCGCUGCGGCCGCACAUGGCGUGGGAGAUGGACUACCACCUGCAGGACCCCGGCCGCCUCGCGCUCUUCGACGAGUAUCUAGAGAUGAUCCUGCAGUACGGGUUCGUGACGCUGUUCGUGGCGGCGUUCCCGCUGGCGCCGCUGUGCGCGCUGCUCAACAACAUCGCCGAGAUCCGCCUCGACGCCUACAAGAUGGUGACGCAGGCGCGCCGCCCGCUCGCCGAGCGCGUCGAGGACAUCGGCGCCUGGUACGGAAUAUUAAAAGGCAUUACCUACGCGGCAGUCGUUUCGAACGCGUUCGUAAUCGCGUACACGAGCGACUUCAUCCCGCGCAUGGUGUACAAAUACGUGUACUCCCCCGACAACACGCUCGCCGGCUACAUCGACCACUCCCUCUCGUUGUUCAACACGUCGGACUACCGCGAGGAGUGGGGCGCGGACGAGACGGAGGUAGACCCGGCCGUGUGCGCGUACCGCGGGUACCGCAACCCGCCCGCGCACGCCGACCCCUACGGCCUGUCGCCUCACUACUGGCACGUGUUCGCGGCGCGCCUGGCCUUCGUCGUGGUGUUUGAGCACGUGGUGUUCGGCCUGACCGGCCUCAUGCAGCUGCUCAUCCCGGGCGCGCCCGCCGAGCUCCGCACGCAGCUGCAGCGGGAGGCACUCUUAGCGAAGGAGGCGAAAUACGAGCACGGUAGAAGACACUCCACAGACUAUCGACACCUCAUGCCGCAUACAUUCGAAGAACGUCCUAGCGGUCCGUACACUCGUCGUGCAUCGCGCGCGUCGGACGGGCUGGACGCGCACGUGGCGGUGGCGCAGCGCCCGCGCAGCCCGCGACAUCCCGUCCCUACCUAGCGGCAGCUAGCAGAACGUUCUUGGCCAAAGAUUAGUAUCGAAUCUCAGUUAUCUUUAAAGAAGUAAAUAAAGGUUAUAGAUACUCACAAGAUUAUAUUUAUAUUACAUUAAUCGAAAUCAAAAGCAGACAAAUAUAUUCCAAAAUAAAUAAAUGUAUAAAAAUCUCGAAUUUAUUAUGAAAAUAAAUAAAUAUUACGUGUCAGAAAAUUAAUUUUAUCUUGUUAAUUAAAAAAAAAACUAGUGUGUAAGAAUACGCCAAAUCUGCUCAA